CAUCAUGGGUAACCUGCCGGAGGCUCGAGUAACGGAAUCCCGACCAUUCGCAAACGUCGGUGUCGACUAUUGUGGUCCAUUUCAUAUUAAGGAGAAACGAGAUCGUAACCACCGCCAGGUCAAGGUAUACGUGGCCAUCUUCGUAUGCCUAGCAGUUAAGGCGGUGCACAUCGAACUCGUCGGCGAUCUCACGAGCGAAGCCUUCAUCGCCGCUUUUCGUCGAUUCAUCGCACGGCGAGGGUUUUGUUCGACGAUCCACUCCGACAAUGGCACAAACUUCAUCGGCGUCAACAACGAGCUAAGGGAGCUCCACGAGCUACUAAAAUCGGAUGACCACAACGAGAAGGUCACGACAUUCCUGGCCGACAAGCAAAUCGAAUGGCGCUUCAUACCCCCUCAUUCUCCGCAUUUCGGUGGGUUAUGGGAGGCAGCAGUGAAGUCAUUCAAGCAUCACUUUCGAAGCGUCGUUGGAAAUGAACUGCUUACCUUCGAACAAUUCAACACUCUGAUCAUCGAAAUAGAAGCAGUCCUCAACUCCCGACCAUUAACACCCAUAUCCACUGAUUCCAAUGAUCUUCUCGUCCUCACUCCGGGCCAUUUUCUCAUUGGCGAGUCAUUAAUGAGUUUGCGUGGGCGAGAUUUCAGAAACACUCAAUCCAACCAACUCUCCAGAUGGCAACACAUACAAAAAAUUAAGCAACAUUUCUGGAAACGUAGGCACAAGGAGUAUCUCAAUGAAAUGAUCAAUCGCAACAAAUGGACCAAGGGUGGACACCACAUACAAGAAGGCACAAUCGUCCUCAGAGAAGACAACGUACCCCCUAUGCAAUGGCCCUUGGGCCGUGUAAUCAAGGUCCACCCCGGAGCUGACGGCAUCAUACGCACCGCCACUGUGAAGACAUCAUCGAACCUCCUGGACCGCGGCGUCAAACGGCUGGUCCCCCUGCCAUGUCAAGCCGCCCCAGACGAGUCCGGACAAUCACAAAUAGCGAAGGAGGGGGAUAGCACACCCACCUAA